AUGGCUGAUCAAACUAACACUCAUCCAUUCUACUCGCACUCUCGCUCAUCUCCAUCAGAACCUCGUGGAGAUGAAAAGGAAGUUGGGGAUGGAAAUGAGUACCAUCAGUUUGAAGAUACUAUGCUUCUUGAUAGUCCCUUAGUUCAGACCCAGUUGGAGAAACUUAAUUUUGACACUCAAGUGGUGGAUGAUUCUGAUUGUAACAAGGAUAUGAUACUCCAUUCAGAGCACGAGAAGGAAGUUGUUCUUGAUAGUGAAGAUGAAGGUGUUUGUACAAGCAAAACGGUGAGGGUUUCCAAUGGGUUAUCAGAUGGGAACAAAGGAUGUGGAGUUCAUGUUGAGAGAAGUGAUGAGCAAAAAGAGCUUCCUCAGUUGUUCACUUGCGAUAGUGGUGAUGUGGAAUAUGAAGAGUCGUCGCAAGCAAAUGCUCUUGAAUUUGUGGAUCAAUUCCUGUCAUCUAAGAAGAUGGAAUUCGAAUUCGCUCCUGGACUUGACAUCAAAAAGACUGUCAGGGAGAAAUCUCCUCGUCUUUCAAGUGCAAAGGGACCUCAAAUUUUGGCUAAGAGAAUGAAUUUUAGAGCAGCCUCAAUUGCAAAAAUUGAAACCUUUCAAUGGGCUGAUAGUGAUCAACAUGUAGAGGAUGAUGUCUUUAGCGAGAGGACAGAAACCCCUUUCGAAUUUGGAGGUUUUAGGCAGAGAUCUGUUACGAGACGUAACAAGCCUAGGCAUCUUAACAGUAAAGAAGGUAACAUCUCAGGUAAUAAGAUUGAACAGAAGAAAGAGAUUUUGAACCUUCACAAGGAAAUAGCGUUUUCAACUUAUUCAGAUUCAAUGUUUAUAGAGCACGGUCCAAAAGAGACUUGUAGAGUAGAAGAGGUAUCUAAGUUAAAUCUAGAAAAUAAUUGUGUUAAGGGAUUCAAUAAGGAGAUGCAUGGAGAAUCAUCAGAGCAGGAGUUGGAUGCUCCAGACAUUUUCAAUGUAGGAUUCAACACUCAAAUAGCUGCUGAAGCGAUGGAAGCCUUAUCAAAUGGGCCAUCUGCUGGCUGCAUUGCUUCUGAUGCUUACCAAGAUCCACUGAACAUCACUGACGACUCUUUAAAAGGUCUAACAACAAGGAAAGGUCGUGCAGAACAAAUUUCUCUUCCUAAGACUGAUAGCUGCUAUUUAAGAGCCACUGAAAGAAAGCCAACGCAAAGAAAGCGUUCUUCUAGAAAAUCCGGCAAGAAAUCUACCGAUCAAGAGCUGGGCCCAGAGUUGGCAAUAAUGAGGAAUAUGAAGAGGGGCAAAUUAUUGAUCGGGGAACAUUUUAAAUCUAGAAAUUCUGCCAACUCCAAUGAAAGUCCCGGCAGACGACCUACGCUUAUGGAGCAAAGACAAGAAGAUGAAAUUGUGGGUAGGAACAAUAAUGGUGAAACUUACCAGGGCUCAACAAUUUCCGUUGAACGUAUCUCCCUCAGCAAGGUACAAGCAACAGAGGAGCUUAAGACUUCUUCAUGUGUUGACCCGGAAACUAGGCCAUCUUCAGCUGGAGAUAUGUUGAGAAGGACCUAUCAUCAAUCAGAUAAUCCAGGCCAAAAGACAGAUGAUGGCAUCCUUAAAUACAGAAGAAAGAGGAGUAGACUAGUGGUUGAUCCUACUAGAGGUGAACGUAUCUCACUCAGCAAGGGACAAGGAGAAGAGGAGCUUAAGACGUCUUCAUGUGUUGACCAGGAAAAUAGGCCGUCUUCGGCUGGAGAUAUAUUGAAAAGGACCUAUCAUCAAUCAGAUAAUCCGGGACAAAAGACAGAUGAUGGCAUCCUUAAAUACAGGAGAAAGAGGAGUAGAUUAGUGGCCGAUCCUACUAAAUUUGUGAGUGGCAGAGAAAGAUGUCCUACAUUUUAUGCAGAUUCAUCAGCUGAAGCUAGAGACAGCAACUUAAGUAAAAAGGAGGAAAGUUGCAAAGAAUUAUGUGCUUCAACCAGUUGUAUGAAAUUAGUUACAUGGAGCCACCCUAAAGGGAAAAAAGCAUUGCGGAAAGUGCGAAGCCAUUCAAAAUCCAAUGACAUUUCUGUUCCUUUACGAACACUAGGUGGGAAUGUACACAAAAGUUAUUGUAACAAAAGUGAAAGAAUUAUGGAAGACAAUCACAAAACCUCUUCUUACAAUAGAGGCACAAAGGAAACCUUUAGAGGAGACCAUGAUAGAAAAAUGGCAUUCAUGCAGUCCAGCGAGGUAAAUGAAAUGGACUUUGGGUUGUUUAGCAAUGGUGUACAAAAGAACCGGGAGUUUGGUGUUUCACCAAACAAGAACCUUGAGCUCUCGAGUUCAGGAUAUACUACCACUAACCGUACCAAUCUUAUGAACGUCGCACGUUCCAACUGUUUUUCUUCUAAAUAUCACAAAAGACCCUUUAGUAAAAACCUACCCAAAUCCUCCCUUUUGAAAGAGCUUAUCAAAUUAGGUGUCCCUGAGUCAAUACCCGAUUUCACAUGGAAGGAAUUAAGAAGACGAAAAGAUACGGCACAUGUUCGUGUAUUGUUUAGCCAGCAUUUGGAUGACAGUGUAAUCAAGCAUCAGAAAAAGAUCUCAGCACGGCUUGGCAUUUCCACCGCAACAUGUCCCAUGGAUGCCACACACUUUAUAGCAAAUAGAUUUUGGUGA